GAGUCGCCCAUCGGAGCCAGAGCAGUGAAGGAGUUAGUUCUCUCAGCAGCUCACCUUCCAACAGCCUCGAGACGCAAUCUCAGUCCCUCUCACGUUCCCAGAGCAUGGAUAUCGAUGGUGUCUCUUGUGAGAAAAGCAUGUCCCAGGUGGAUGUGGAUUCAGGAAUUGAAAAUAUGGAGGUUGAUGAAAGUGACCGAAGAGAAAAAAGGAGCCUCAGUGACAAGGAGCCUUCCUCAGGCCCUGAAGUGUCUGAAGAGCAGGCCUUACAGCUGGUCUGUAAGAUCUUCCGUGUUUCUUGGAAAGAUCGAGACAGAGACGUCAUCUUUCUUUCUUCUCUCUCUGCACAGUUUAAGCAGAACCCAAAAGAAGUGUUCUCUGAUUUUAAGGAUUUGAUUGGCCAGAUUUUAAUGGAAGUGCUGAUGAUGUCCACUCAGACUCGGGAUGAAAACCCCUUUGCCAGUCUGACAGCCACAUCACAGCCCAUCGCAGCAGCAGCCCGGUCACCAGACAGAAACCUCAUGCUGAACGCUGGCUCCAGUUCAGGAACGAGCCCUAUGUUCUGCAACCUGGGUUCCUUCAGUGCCAGCUCCUUGUCCAGCCUCUAUGAAACUAGUCCAGUUCCCACUACCAGUUUCUGGAGCUCUGUGCCAGUGCUGAGUCCAUCUUUUGCCUCACCUUCCCGUGCAGCCAGUCAGACGGCUGUGUCUUCCACUUCCCUCAACCCUCACAGUGCUGCUUCUGGAACUGCUGCAGGAAGCCAGUCCUCCUCCCCUCGGUAUCGGCCCUACACUGUCACGCACCUUUGGGGGUCUUCACCUUGCCCUGCCCCACGAUCCUCAGGCACCUCCAUUCUUUCUGGCUCCCCAAGCCUCCCUGCCCGCUCAAGUAGCCCCCAAGCUGUGCCUGCUGGCAAUUCCAGACAGAGGCCCAGCAGUGUGGGCCCACCUCUCCCGCCUGCCUCACCCAGUGCUGCCAGCAGACGCCCCUCCUCCCUGCGGAUCUCUCCUAGUAUGUACGACAAUCCUUUCUCCUUCCUCUUCCUCGCACUUUCUGGGGACAGUAGUGAUGAAGAAGCUGAAGAUGGUGAUGAUGGUGAUGAUGAUGAUGAUGAUGAUGAAGGUGGUGGUGGUGGUGGUGGUGAUGAUUUUUCUUGUGUCCAGUUUGGGUCCAGUUUGGGAGCCUCUGGAGGAGCAAGUAACUGGGAUUCCUGCAGUGACCAUUUCACCAUUGAGGCCUGCAAGGAGACAGACAUGCUGAACUACCUCAUCGAGUGCUUUGACCGCGUUGGGAUAGAGGAGAAAAAGGCUCCAAAGAUGUGUAGCCAGCCAUCGGUCAGUCAGCUUCUGAGCAACAUCCGCUCACAGUGCAUAUCCCACACUGCAUUAGUACUCCAGGGCUCCCUGACACAGCCUAGGUCCAUGCAGCAGCCAUCCUUCCUCGUGCCCUACAUGUUGUGCAGGAAUCUCCCGUACGGCUUCAUUCAAGAGCUGGUGAGGACCACUCACCAGGAUGAAGAAGUGUUUAAACAGAUCUUCAUUCCCAUUUUACAAGGCCUGGCUCUUGCUGCCAAAGAGUGCUCCCUCGAUAAUGACUACUUCAAGUACCCCCUCAUGGCAUUAGGUGAACUCUGUGAAACCAAGUUUGGGAAGACACACCCUGUGUGCAAUUUGGUUGCCUCUUUGCCCUUGUGGAUGCCGAAGUCCUUAAGCCCUGGCUCAGGGCGGGAGCUGCAGAGACUGUCUUAUUUGGGGGCCUUCUUUAGCUUCUCAGUCUUUGCAGAAGAUGAUGCUAAAGUGGUUGAAAAAUAUUUCUCAGGGCCUGCCAUUACCCUGGAAAACAGCCGUGUGGUUAGCCAAUCCUUGCAGCAUUACUUGGAGUUGGGAAGGCAAGAGCUUUUCAAGAUUCUACACAGUAUUUUGUUGAAUGGUGAAACCCGUGAGGCUGCCCUUGGUUACAUGGCAGCUGUCGUCAAUGCCAAUAUGAAGAAAGCACAGAUGCAGACAGAUGAUAGAUUGGUAUCUACAGAUGGAUUUAUGCUUAAUUUCCUUUGGGUACUGCAGCAGCUAAGUACAAAAAUCAAGUUAGAAACUGUUGAUCCCACGUACAUAUUCCACCCAAGAUGUCGUAUUACUCUCCCAAACGACGAGACCCGCGUGAAUGCGACCAUGGAGGAUGUGAAUGACUGGCUGACUGAGCUCUAUGGAGAUCAGCCCCCAUUUUCUGAGCCAAAAUUCCCCACGGAAUGCUUCUUUCUCACCCUGCACGCUCACCACCUCUCUAUUCUGCCUAGUUGCCGUCGCUAUAUCCGCAGACUCCGGGCCAUCCGGGAGCUCAACAGAACUGUGGAAGAUUUGAAAAAUAACGAAAGCCAGUGGAAAGAUUCCCCACUGGCAACAAGACACCGCGAAAUGCUGAAGCGCUGUAAAACUCAGCUGAAGAAACUGGUACGGUGCAAGGCCUGUGCUGACGCUGGCUUACUUGAUGAGAGCCUCCUGAGGAGAUGUCUGAACUUUUAUGGCCUUGUCAUCCAGCUGCUGCUCCGUAUCCUGGACCCCGCAUACCCUGACAUCACAUUGCCUUUAAAUUCUGAUGUCCCCAAGGUAUUUGCAGCAUUGCCUGAGUUUUAUGUAGAAGACGUUGCUGAAUUCUUAUUUUUUAUUGUACAAUACUCCCCUCAGGUGCUUUAUGAGCCCUGUACUCAGGAUAUUGUGAUGUUCCUUGUUGUGAUGUUGUGCAACCAGAACUACAUCCGAAAUCCAUACCUAGUGGCCAAACUGGUAGAAGUCAUGUUUAUGACAAACCCUGCUGUUCAGCCACGAACCCAGAAGUUUUUUGAGAUGAUUGAGAACCAUCCUCUCUCCACCAAAUUGCUGGUACCUUCCCUGAUGAAGUUCUAUACAGAUGUUGAACAUACCGGAGCCACCAGUGAGUUCUAUGACAAAUUCACCAUUCGCUAUCACAUUAGCACCAUUUUUAAGAGCCUCUGGCAAAACAUAGCUCACCAUGGCACCUUUAUGGAGGAGUUCAAUUCUGGGAAGCAGUUUGUCCGCUAUAUAAACAUGCUGAUAAAUGACACAACAUUCUUACUUGAUGAAAGUCUGGAGUCGCUGAAGCGGAUCCAUGAAGUGCAAGAAGAGAUGAAGAACAAAGAACAGUGGGACCAGUUGCCUCGGGUAAGGACAGCGUCCCAGUUCUCGCACAACUUUGCAGACAAUCCGCUCGUAGACACAGGUGGAGCGCUACCUUGGGGGCUUCAUCUGUAUGUCUGCUGCUGACAUGGGUCUGACUUACUGUUAGGAUUUUCAUACCUGUGACUUCCAUGAAAUUAUAAGCCAGGUUUGCAAUAGGAGAAAACAUGAAAAACAUUUUCUCUAAAACUGAGAAUUGUGGUUGAGAGAGUGACUCAGUGAUAGAGUGCUUGCCUACCAUGUGCAAGACUGUGGGUCCAAUCCCCAGUAUCUUGAAAAAACAUAGGAA